CUAACUCUUAUAAUGAAUAAUCUAAAAAAUAAGGGUUCCGUUUUUUGCCAUUUGGCUACGGAACCCUAAAAACAAACAAGCAUAGCUGUUAAAAUAUUUUCCAUAAAGUUAAUAUCCAUAGAGGAAAAUGGGGACUACGUUUGUGUGGCGAAGCGUUUUUGAGCGGUCUUCCACUUUCGUGUUAUUAUAUUGCAUUUUGAUCGACUUCCAAACAUGAAGAGGUCCCUUGAAUAUGUACUUAUACGAAAUUAAUCCGUAGUUGGAGCAGGUAAAUACAUACCUGAUCUAGCAAAACUGAAACGGAAGCAGACAGCAGAAUGCCAACUUACAAAAAGACCCACCAAAAUAGGUUAGUUGUACUAUUAAAAAUAGAGGUGUAUUGUCAAAGAAAACUUUGUAGCGACGUAAAUCUACUGCCAUAAUUUGUUAAAUAUCAAAAAGUAGCGCCAAAUAAUAGAUCAAAGGCCAAAGGUAUAAAGCAGCAUCGUUUCGAGCGAUGGCGCCAUAAACUUUAGGUAGUAAGGAUCAAAGUCAAAUGGCGUUCUAAAAGUUUUAAUUAUGUGUCGAAAGAUGGCAGUAAAUUUACGUCGCUAAAAAGUUUUCUUUGACAACACACCUCUAUUUCAAAUUCUCUUUGGUUGUUACACAUACUGGCUGUUAUUAUGCAUUACUAAAUGACAGUUACCUAAGUCACAUAAGUCAUUAUUGAUGUCUUAUGUCAAUUUGUAGUAUAGAUACGAGACACAAGAAAAUACCUAGUUAAUUUAUUAUGGAGCCACGGCGAGAAAAAGUCCCACUGGAUGGGCCUGGGCCCCGCGGCGUGCCUGACUGUUAUUACACGUCCCGCGUGCUAGACUCGACGUUCAGAUAUGUGAAGUUCGUGCGGAAGCUGAGAGCUGAGGAGGAAGAGCAACGGAAGGGCAAGGAGAACAAGCUUAAGGAGCUCAAAGACCAGCAGUAUAGCGAUUUCUUCAUCAGCUGUGAUCGCAAAUCUCUGCUUAACAAUGUGGCUCGCCGAGUUGAGUUAUGCAUGGAGUCCUACGAAGCUGACCUAGCAAAGAAAAGACAAAGUCUAAAAGAGCUGUACACCCGAGAAGAGGAAGAAAACAUCCGCAAGUUCGUAGCGCAAGUGCAAGCGGGAAGAGAAGCGGUGUGGCAGGCGAAGAAGGAGCGCUUGGCGUAUCUCAUCGCGAAACGGAAGAAGGAACAUUCGGAGAAGUUCAAGGAUACACCUCUGUAAGUUAUGACACUCCACUGGCCCCGGAACCUACGUAUUUUAAAGGACAUUAAUACAAUCAGCUGUAGAUACGUCUGACGCCGCAAACUGGACACUGGUAGACAGCGGGGCGGGGCGAUCGUUUAGAUUAAAAUGUACUCGUACCAUCAGGUGCAAAAGUGAAUUCAUUCAUAAUUUUCCCACGCAAUUUCGCAGCUCGCUGUACUGUACAUAUAGACUAAAACGAAAACCGCUGGUAUUCAAGACAGAUUUGUUAAAAUCUAUAGGUAAAUUGCGAUCAAGUCUGUGGCCUGGCCCUCUCGCAUACAAAUUCGUAUUCAGGGGGAGUGAGGUAUCUCGAUCUGCAGCUGACUGUAAUAACGUACAUAUCCUCAAAAUGUUAUCUAGAUCGAAAUGUGUCCAUGUGAUGCCCUGCCUAGUAAAACUCCGAGCAAUGGAAGCCCAGGACAUCCAGCUGUACCAGAUGAGGGAAAAGGCGGCGCGGCGCGAGGCCGAGAAGGAGCUGGACAAGAUGUGGUAC